AUGAUUCAACAAAUAUUUAUCCUCAAGAAGGACACCAUGGACAUUAAAUGUAUUAAGAAUUUUCCAUCAACAUUGAGGUUGGUAGUUUUAGUCAUGGCCGCAACAUGUGGACUAUACAUUUGCUCAGUUAAUUUAGAGAAACCAACAAGGGUUCGUGUGAAUACCAAGUUGUUGGAACAAAAAGUCAUCAACCAGUCAUGUCAUACUUCUAGUGUAGAAGAAUGGGAAGCACCCUAUUUGCAUUAUCCACAACCCAAAACUUACAACAGAAAAGAGUGUGCUUGCAAUCCUGUUCGGUUUUUCUGCAUAUUGACAAUGCAAAGAUCAGGGAGUGGAUGGUUUGAGACGUUAAUGAACAGUCAUAUGAAUGUAAGUUCCAAUGGAGAGAUAUUUGUGGUGGCCAAAAGAAGGGAAAAUGUAACUUCAAUUUUGGAGACAAUUGACGAAGUGUUCAAUCUCGAUUGGUUCGGUGGUGCUUCCAAGAAUGAGUGUUCCGCAGCUGUGGGCUUCAAGUGGAUGCUUAAUCAGGGUUUAAUGGAGCAUCAUGAGGAGAUAGUGGAGUACUUUGAAAGGAGAGGAGUUUCUACAGUAUUCCUUUUCAGAAGGAAUUUGCUCCGUAGAAUGGUAUCUGUGCUUGCCAAUUCCUAUGACAAAAAUGCAAAGCCACUCAAUGGAACUCAUAAGUCUCAUGUACACUCCAAAGAAGAGGCUGGUACUCUGGCGAAAUAUAGGCCAUGGAUGAAUACCACGUUGCUGAGGACAGAGAUGAAGCAAACAGAAGAGACAGCUGCAAAAGCCAUUCAAUACUUUAAAAACACUCGCCACAUCGUUCUCUACUACGAGGAUCUCGUUAAAAAUGACACAAAGCUGAAAGAUGUUCAAGAGUUUCUAAGAUUGCCAUUGAGAGAUAUGCACAGCAGGCAGGUCAAGAUUCACACUGCGCCAUUGUGGAAGCAAAUUGAGAACUGGGAUGAAGUAGAAAAAACGUUAAGAGGCACACCAUAUCAGAAUUUUCUCUUCUCAGACUAA